AAGCACGUUCGCUCGCGAGUGCAGUUUUACUUGAUUUUCUGCAUUGUUCCAGCAAUUUUUCUACACCAAUAAUGGUUUUCACGGCGGUGAUCAAUUUGGUCCGUUCGCGAGGCCCGGACGAAUUUUGGAGGAAGCGCAAAAUGUUCAAAUUAGCCGCGCACUACAUCGGUCGUCCACGAAAUUGCUACGGAAUUACAAUCCGAAGUGUGCAUCGUGCCCUGGCGUAUGCCACCAAGGGCCGGGAGCUGAAGAAGCAGGAUAUGCGUGAACUGUGGACCCAGCGGAUAAACGCGGGCUGCGAACAGCACGGAAUGCAAGUUGCUGAUUUCCAGAACGGAUUGUACCGAAAUGAAAUUUUACUGAAUAGGAAAGUGUUGGCCGAUCUAGCAGUUUGGGAGCCGAGAACGUUCGAAGCAUUGGCACUAAUUAGUCAGCAAGUCCCAGAGGAUGAUGAAGGAUCCUCGUCUAACAAAUAGCUGUAAAUACUGUAAAAUAGUAAGAUAAAUGUAAUAAUAAACUUUUAAAC